AUGGAGGACUCUCAGCACCCACGACGUCGAAAUCGUUCCUCAACUGUCUCCCAGGGGCAGGUCACGAGCUCAAGUGCCGUGACGACGACAGCAGCAGAAAGUCCAUCGGAGAAGCCGAAGGAUGUUGCAACCGGGUUCACGGAGAUCUUUGGAGCGGUGACACCGCGACAAGCAGGGCUCAUCAGCAUCGGGUCCGCUAUUGGCACAGGAUUGAUGGUCGGCAGUGGAAGAACGUUGGCCAUGAGCGGCCCAGCGGCCAUGAUGAUAUCGUAUACGCUCGUCGGAUUCGCAGUCUUCCUUGUUCUGUCUGCGUUGGGAGAAGUUGCUGCAUGGCUGCCGAAACCAUCCACCGUGGCGGAUCAGGCGUUUCGCUUUUGUGAUCCAGCGCUGGGGUUUACACUGGGUUGGAUAUACUGGCUCAAGUACGCUAUGAUCACCCCGAAUCAGUUGACAGCCGCCGCCCUUGUGAUGAAGUUAUGGCUGCCCCCUGGUCAAGUCAAUGCUGGGGUGUGGAUCACUAUCUUUCUUUUGAUCAUUAUAACUCUCAACUAUCUCCGCCAUGGCCUGCCAAGUCAGAUUGAAUUCUACGUUUCGGGAUUCAAACUUGUCGUCAUGGGCGGCCUCAUGAUCCUGUCCCUUGUGCUCGUGUUUGGAGGCGUAUCAGGUCACCGUCCAGAGCGGUUUCGAAACUGGCUACUCCCAGUUCCCUUUGAUCAUUCCGACACCAACAUGUUAGAGAUUUUCUUCACUACCUGUGGGGCCAUGUCCUCUGCUACGUUUGCGUAUAUUGGCAGCGAGAGAUCUGGUAUCCUUGCUCGGUCGCCGAACGUACCCCCCGUCAUGAAUCGUGCCAUCAAGCAUACCUUUUAUCGGAUUCUGGUCUUUCACCUUCUCGGUAUAACUCUCCUCGGCAUGGUCCUUCCAGAUAAUAGGGCCGAGUUGCCUUCCUAUAACAGCCCCGAGGGAAAGGUAGCCGCCUCUCCAUUCGUGGCCGCACUGAUCCAGGUCGAGAUCGCCGUUCUACCUCACAUGUUGAAUGCAUGUAUAUUGUUAUUCAUUCUCUCUAUCGCAACCUACGAUUUGUAUCUGGCUACGAAAGCACUCUCCGAUUUGGCCCUCCGACAUCGCGCGCCCAAGUUCCUAUCCCGUGUGAAUAAAAACGAAGUCCCCGUCUACGCACUGGCCGUAUCCGCAUCCGUGUCCACCUUGGCCUACCUGAAUGUCUCCAAAGACUCCUGCAUGGUCUUUGCAUACUUCUUGGAUCUGGUCACGAUGCUAGGUCUCUUGACAUGGAUGUCCAUUCUUAUCACCCACAUCUGCUUUGUGCGGGCACGCAAGGCACAAGGGAUCUCUGACGAUAUGCUGGUAUUCAAAGCGCGCUUUGGCCUUGCGGGGACUUGGCUUGCUCUGGCACUUUGCGUGUUCAUUUCUUCGACUAUGAUUUUCAAUUCACUUCAUAUUCGGAAUUCGAAGACUAAGUUCGAUGCGCCCAAAUUCCUGGCUGCGUAUGCUGGGGUUCCGCUCUACUUUGCUUUGUAUGUUGGGCACAAGGUUAUCUUGAAGAGCAAGCAUAUCGAUCCAAAGAAUGCUGAUUUCUGGUCCGAUAAACAAGCUGAUAGUGGACGAGGGAUUGAAUCAUGA